AUGAGGCCAGGAGCGCCACCCCAACAACCCGGUGCUCGACCAAUGCAACCCGCCGGUCAAGCCCGACCAUUGGUGCCAGGAGCGAGACCUGGAAUGAUGCCUCAAGGAGCUCAACCAGGAGUGAGACCUAUGCAGCCCCGCCCUGUGAUGACGGCAGCCGGAGUUAGACCUCCGAUGCCGGUAGCUGGAAUGAGACCCGCGGCAGCAGGUGUGCCACCGCAAGGAAUGCGAACCGCCCAACCCAUGGCAGCCCCCGGACAGGCUGCGGGCCCUGCGCAAGUACGUCCGGGCUUCGUCGGUGCCCCCAUGGCCCGAGCUCCGUCUCCGGUGAGACUGCCGACAGCUGGACCUCAUCAGGCGAUCCCUGGAGCCAGAAGCCUCUCCCCCGCCGGAGUUCGUCCCGCGGGAGCCCCGGGCUCGCCGAUGCUAGCGAGACCUGCCGUUCCGGGUCAAGUUCUUCCACAGAGACCGGUCCCAGGUGCCGUGCCGCUCCAGCGAGUGCCCAUUGGAACACAACCCGGCGCACCCAUGGCCCGACCGGCUGCAGCUCCCCUUGUUCGCCAACCGGCUGGCGUCGCAGCUCCAGCGAUGAGACCAGCCGCUGGUAUGCCGACGUCUACGGUCCCGAGACCCGCUGCUGCUCCCAUGAUGAUGAGACCAGCUGCAGGAGCACCCGCUUUCAGACCAGCCGCAUCUCCAGGCGCGCCGCCCACAGCUGCGGGUCCUGGCAUGAGACCCGCAGCCGCCGCUCCAGCUGCAAGACCCGCCGCUCCAGUCACCCGACCCGCUGUGGCGUCUCCAGUCACCCGACCCGCUGUGGCGUCUCCAGUCACCCGACCCGCUGUUGCGUCUCCAGUCGUCAGACCCGCAGCCGCCUCUCCAAUGGUCAGACCCGCGGCCGCCUCUCCGAUGGUCAGGCCCGCGGCCGCUGCUCCAGUCGUCAGACCCGCGGCCGCCGCAGCUCCAGUUGUCAGACCUGCGGCCGCUGCUGCUCCCCGUCCCGCUGGAGUCCCGCCGCCGGCUUCCGCGCCCGGAAGAGGAUUUCCUGUUGCGUCAGCGCCCACACCGGCACCUCCGGCCCCAGCGCCCGUUCCCGCAGCUCCCGCGGCUCAGCCUCCUGCCGGACCUGGUGGUGACGCUCGGCCAGUGUCCACCGGUGAAUUGAACAUGGACGACAUCACCGAGACGUUCCGUCAAGUUUUCAACGGUCAGCCUCCAGAAACCAGCAAACGAGCCGAUCCCGGAACCGACGGGAGGCCGUGCAAAGUUCUCGUCAACAUGUAUCCGGUCACCUUGCCGCGUGGCAAUGUGUUCCACUACGAUGUCGAAAUCUUCUCCGCGGCAAGGAAAGGUGCCGAAGGUGCGACGCCCGUGCCCACCCAGAAAAGGGCGCGUUGUGCUUCAACACUGGUCAACCGCAAGGUCAUCGAUGCGUUCUCUAAAUGCUACCAGAGCGAGCUGGGGAACUGCAUUCUGGCGUUCGACGGUCGGAAGAAUAUCUACACUCGACGCCUCCUACCCAACGCGGAGCACAUUUUCAACAACGUCGAAGCAGAGGUCAACGGAGAGAAGAGCAGCUUUGUUGUGUGCAUCACUUACGUGGCCACGGUAUCCUUCGAUGCGCUGCACGAUAUGUACGACCGCGGCCUCAAAGGAAGCAGUCAAUUCCAAGACGCCAUCCAAGUUGCUGAUGUCAUUUUGAGGACCGGGCCCACCUUGGCGUUCGUGCCCGUCGGACGAUCCUUCUUCAUCGAUAUCAAUCUGAAUGGAAAUCGCGAAGCUUGGUUCGGAUUCUAUUCGUCGAUCCGUCUCGGGUCUUGGAAGCCCCUGGUCAACAUCGACAUGUCGGCGACAACGUUUUACGUGGCUGCUCCUCUGAUCGAUUACGCCGUGAAAACUUUGAAGAAAACCAAUAAAACCGAGUUGAGGUCCGGUCUGAACGACCGUGAAAGAGCGUUGUUGACCCGUGAGAUAAGAACUCUGCGAGUCACCGUCUCCCAUCUGGACUCGAAGCGCCAGUACCGCAUCGAGGGCUUGAGACAGAUCCCGGCGAGCCAGGAGACGUUCGAGUGGGACGGAACUACUAUUUCGAUUGUGGAUUACUUCGCACAGAAGUACAAUUACACCCUGCAAUUCCCGAAUCUCCCGUGCAUCUUCACCGGGAGAGGAGGCAUCUCUUUCCCGAUUGAACUCUGCAACGUGGUCAAAGGUCAACACUGUCGCAAGAAGUUGAACGAAACUCAAACCACCAUGAUGAUCAGGCAAACGGCAUUGGCGCCGAAGGAUCGCUUCGAGAGAAUCCAGAAUUGGACCCAGCAGCUGAAGUCAAGCUCUACGCAAAUCUGUCAGGAAUUCGAAAUGUCGUUUGAAACCAAGCCGCUCGAAGUCGAAGCUAGAAUACUCCAAGCUCCGGCGAUCACUUGCGGUGAAAAGAAGAAACAGCUCCCAAAAGACGGAGUGUGGCCAUGUAGCACUUUCCUCAAGCCCGCCAACAUCGAAAAAUGGGUGUUGGCUGUGCUCGGCCGAGUCGCUAAAGAAAAGCUGAAGCUAGUCGUCGAUCUAUUCCAGAGCGAAGGCGGAAAGCUGGGCAUGAAGAUCGCCCCGCCACAGCUCAUUCAUAAUUACGGCUUCCAGCCUGGUGCGCGUCAGGUCCUCGAGGAUGUGAAAAAUAAGCACCCGGACGUCGAGAUGACGGUUAUCGUCUUGGACCCGCGCAGUGACUACGGGGCUCUCAAAGCCGAGGCUGAGACCACAGACCUGUGUCUGCGCACACAGUGCGUCAAGGACAGGAACGUCGAAACGAAAUUCAAUGGGAUGUUCGCAACGAAUCUCUUGCAGAAGAUCAACACCAAGAUGGGCGGCCGAAACAACGGCGUCCUUUGUCCGAACACUCCCGAUACUUUAAAGAAACCGUACAUGGCCAUCGGCGUCGACGUGAACCAUCCGGGACCAGGUGAAUCGACGCCUUCGAUCGCCGCCUUCGUCGCAUCGAUGGAUUCGGUGCCCUCGCAAUACUACGCCUGCACGUCGGUUCAGCUCAACCGAAAAGGAAGCCGAUCGGAGUACGUCGUCGAGACGAAAUCGAUGUUCCUCGAGUGUCUCACAGAAUUCGAAAGGCGGAACAAGAAUCUUCCGGCUCAUAUUUUCAUUUUCCGUGACGGUGUUGCGGACGCCCAAUUCGACGCGGUUCGCGUUUAUGAACUCGGAGCAAUUCGUCAAGCUUGCCUCGAAAGGAGGCCCGACUACACGCCCGGGAUGACUUUCAUCGUUGUGCAGAAACGUCAUCACGUGCGCUUCAUGCCGGCUCCCGGCUACACGGGCAGCGGAAAAGCCGGCAACAUCCAUCCAGGAACCAUAGUCGACUCCAAAAUCAUCAAUCCUGCGAUUUUCGAUUUCUAUUUGUGCUCUCAUCAUGGGCUCCAGGGUACUUCUCGGGCCGCUCAUUAUCACGUUGUUCAUGAUGAUGUUCAUCAUUCCCAGAACGAUAUUUACAAGAUCUGUUACAACCUCUGCCAUACAUACUCGAGAUGCACUCGCGCAGUUUCGAUUCCGGCGCCCGCCUACUACGCCCAUCUGGCCGCUUUCCGCGCCAAGGAGCACAUCAAGGGGCGCGCCCCCCACAAUGCGGCUUACGCCGAAUCUAAUGCGGAGUCUGUUCGGUCCUCUUCGUCUUCGGAGCCGGAUCUGGACAAGUUCCAGGCGGCGCAAAAGGUUUGCAACCAGAUGAGAGGCUCCAUGUACUUUGUUUAAACGUGGAAGCCUAAACUCACUCUUCCAACACGGGACAAGUGUUGGAGUCUUUCUUAACCCGAAUAAAUGAUUUU